AUGGUUCACUUGUCGAAAUGGUUGUGGAUAUUAUCUUCAACGUUUUAUGGUACUACGCUUGUAGCAGCUUUGAAGUCCAAGAAGGAUUACUCUGUAGCCCAUGAACUGUUGCCAGGCCUAUCUUCCAUUAAAGAUGCUGCAUUAAUUCCCGAGAUGUUUGCCGGUCAAAUACCAUUAUCUGAUAAGGAAGAUACAAAUGAUUCCAAAUAUUUUUUUUGGAGAUUUCAUGAAAAUAAUAAAGAUCAUGAUACUUUGAUAUUAUGGCUCAAUGGUGGUCCCGGUUGUUCCUCCAUCGAUGGUGCAUUGGUAGAAGCAGGUCCACUCAGAAUAGAUUCAGAAGGGAAGGCUUAUUUGAAUAAUGGAUCAUGGCAUACUAGAGGUGAUUUGGUAUUUGUCGAUCAACCUUUAGGAACAGGAUUUUCAACAUUAGAUAAAAAUAAAGAACAAAGUGAUAACUCAUUUGACAUUGACUUAAAUGACGUAACAAAUCACUUCAUGCAGUUUUUAGAAAACUACUUUCAGGUAUUCCCGGAAGAUCUGCCCAAGAAAUUAUUACUAGCAGGUGAAAGUUAUGCCGGACAAUAUAUUCCUUAUUUUGCCAAGGGUAUACUGGAUCACAACGCCAAAUUGGAACAUGACGCCAUUGAUGAUUAUGAAUAUAAUCUUGAAGGGUUAUUGAUCGGUAAUGGAUGGAUAGAUCCAUCUGUUCAAUCAUUAUCAUAUUUACCCUUUGCAGUAGAGAAUAAACUAAUUGAUGAGACAAACCCAAAUUUUAAAAAUUUAUUAAAUGCUCAUGAACUAUGUCAAAAGAAAAUAAACUCACAAAAAACCGAUGGCAAUUCCCAAUUCUCAUUCGAUGAAUGUGAUAAGAUUAUAAAUCUAUUAUUACAAUAUACUAAGGAUGAAUCUCCAAAUACCCCAGCAAAUCAAGUGUGUUUGAACGUUUAUGAUUUCCAAUUACGAGACAGUUUCCCUCAAUGUGGUAUGAAUUGGCCAGCUGAUAUUUCCUAUGUCUCAAAAUUUUUUAACACCCCAGGUGUCUUAGAGGCAUUGAAUCUUGAUAGUGAUACCACGUCACCCUGGCAAGAAUGUAAUACGAAAGUACAAGAUAAAUUAAUCAAUCCUAGUUCCAAACCUUCCAUAAACUUGCUACCAUCCAUUAUGGAGUCCGGUGUGGAAAUUCUUUUGUUCAAUGGUGAUAAAGAUCUUAUCUGCAAUACAAUGGGUUUACAAAAUACUAUUGAUAAUUUGAAAUGGGGAGGUUCAACCGGGUUUUCUGAACAAUUGGAAUCAUAUCAAUGGAGCUAUAGAAAUCAAUAUGAUUCAAAUUCUGAUUCGAAUGCUGACAAUGAGAUUACCGUCGGUUCAGUCAAGUAUGAUAAAAAUUUAACCCUGGUCAACGUUUAUAAUGCAUCUCAUAUGGUACCUCAUGAUAAGGGCUUGGUUAGUAGAGGAAUUGUAGACAUAUUCUUGAAAAACGUUGUGCUGGAAGAUGUAGAUGAUGAUGUUGAAAAACUAAUCAGUUCAGAUGUCCCAUUAGUUUCUAAUGAGGAAGAAGAACAGGAUUCGCAAAAGGAAAAUGGUACUACUGCAGGUAGUGAAGAACAAAAUGAAGAUGACGAAAAGCAUGAAGACGAAAGCGAAGAAGAAGAUGAAGAAGAAGAAGAUGAUGACAGUGAUGAUGAAGAAGACGACGAUGAAGACGACGAUGAAGACGACGAUGACGAUGACGAUGACGAUGAAGACGACAAUGAUGACGAAGGCUAUUCCACUUUCAGAAAAACAACAAUAAUUGUAUUCAUAGUUUGUUCCCUCUCAUCCUGUAUCUAUAUCAUCUUCUUCUAUGGACGCAGUCAAAGCAAAAACCUGUUCAGCAGACUGAAGAAUCCAAAUAAAAGUGUUACAUGGGCGGAUGAUCUUGAAAGAAAUGCCACUGGUACAACUGAUGAAUGGGAGGAUAUAGAUGAUGAGGAUAAUGAAAUCACAGGCGAUGUCACAGCUGGACUUCAGGAUGAUAACCAAAUUUCAGCUCCACCCAAGACACCAAAGACGAAAAAGAAAGGGAAGUAUUCAAGUGUUCCAGCAGACGAAUUUGAAAUGGACGAUUUUUGA